AUGACGAUACGUCGCACCCGACACAUCCCUGCACCCUCCCUGGACACAAACGCUUCUGGUAUUGCUGAUAGCACCAUUAGCAAUGGUUCUUGGCGUCUUUCACAAUUUCCUCCUCCGCCAUCUUCCAUUCCAACCCCAUCUGAAUUCGGCACACCUUCCCCAAGCAGGUCUCUGUUCUCUUUUUCUCAACCUUCUGCACAUCCUAGCGCUUCCCCCUCCCGUUCCCAAGGUUUUUCCGGAAACACUCUUACCCCCUCUUCUCCUCCCUCCCCGUACGAUUGGCAUGAAGGAGCCUCCAGUAUCGAUGUUGAUGCAACCGAGGAUCGUCUCCUUCCCACCUCAUUCAUCACUUCCCUAUUGCAACAGGACAGUGACCUUCGAAAGGCCCGCCGCACCUCUUAUGCUAGCGAUGCUGUCAGUGGGAUCUCAGAAAUAACCUAUCCGCCUCCGUUCAAUUAUCCGGACGCGGACUCUUCCUCUUCUCGAUAUCUUCCAGGUCGACAUCAUCGUCCCUAUGGUGCCAGAAACCCACCCAGUGCGUUCGCACCAAUACCAGAAAACAAUCGAAUAUCUGGGGAUUCAGAAACGCUCCACUCAACUCAGGAACACUCUGUUAUUUUGAGAACUGCAAGUGUUUCUCGGGGUCUUCGGGUGCACGGCGCCUCAGUCGUUGGCGUUGCGCCAGCAACCUUGCAUAACAUCAGUUCCCGCUACUCCGAUCAAGAUCCAGACCGUCAUGAUUCAAUACGCAAGGGAGGCCUUCGUGAAAUCGAUGAUGACUCAAUCGUUGAUUAUAAAGUUUCUGCCAAUCGUACUGCUUUACCUUCCUUGGCCGGAACGCAAAGGCUGGUUUUCGGUAAUAGCACAAGGCAGCCUCCUCCUCCGCAGUUUCGAGAGUCUGUGCACUCAAGUAGGAGUGUAGCACCAUCGUUUAUCUCUCGAAUCUCGCUUGCCAACUCUCUUCGUCGAGCUUUUACCUGGAGAAGAGUGAAACCAUUACCACCGGUUCCAACCGUGCCGCACAUCCCCAUUGCAACAGAAAAUGAGCACAGGAAGGCUGAAGAAUCUACUCCUCUGCCUAACCUCAUCAAUCGUGCAGGUAUUCUUCACAACUUGCUGGAGAAAGGUCACCAUCCUCACCAUAGCUUUCCUUCCUACCACGGUCUACCAUUAUCGGGUGGGGUUACUACGGCCUUCGAGGUGAAUAAGGAUUCCAGUCCUUCAAAUGUUUGGCAGGCCUCAGCAUCAGCACUACCGACUCAAGCGCGCUCAAGAUCUCGGCCGUGGUCACCAUUUUGGAAUAAUAAGCGCAUAUGCUUAAGCCUGACUCUGCUGAUUGGGGUGUUAUUGGUAGGAAUUAUCACAGCAGUGGUGAUGACCCAGCGAAACCAUCAUUCAUCUGCGUGCGCUAGCGACCUAGCGGGAGCUGCUUGCAAUCUCAAUUCAACAUGCGUUUGUACAUUGUCUACUCGAUGUGAUGGUCUCGCGAAGAAUAUCGUGGAUCUCAUCCCCCAACUUAAUGGCGCCUUCUCCAUCAAUAUGACUGCAAACUCUGUGUAUAACAACAUAUGGCUAGCGCAAGGUAGCACAACCGGGAGUAACUGUGCUUCUCAGUCUCUUUUGGUUGAUGUGGGGAAGAACCUUGAUCAGCAAACAUUUCCAAACCGUACUCAUUGGGCGCAAACUUCAUUGCUCUGGAAUGUAGUGCAGAGUCAAGAUUUGCAAGCAUCGACCGAGUUGCGGACAUUUGUUCAAAAUGCACCGUGGCAGUUGCUGCAGGCGUCUGAUGGACCGCUUUCAAUAAAUUCAUCAAAAUUCACAACGACUGUCUCCGGCUUCACCUUUAAUUUUGCCACGCAAACAAUCAGCCAGCCUCCUGUUUCUUUUAUAACUCAGGGACAACCAACUAAUGCUCAAGUUGCGCAAGUCGGCUCUGUUGCUGGAUCCACACUCGACCGGAUGUACUCGUUCGCUUUGGCUUCGUCGACGCAACGGGACAACGCUUUAAAGAAUUAUUGGACCACAACGUUACAACAACGCAUCGAGGAUCUCGCCACCUUCAAGACGGCCCUCAGUACUUCGCCGAUUCUUUUGCCUUUCAAUGGGACUUCUCCUGCUAUCCUGAGCCUAUACAAUUCCUCGUUAUUUCCGCCGCCCCUUGCAUGCUACCCAGGACUUGGCAACGUACAACUACAACAGAUAACUGCUUUAGAAAGUGGUGUUUUUGGACUGUCUCCUGCUUCCAAUGCGACGCAGUUCGAUGCUGCUUGUUACCCGAAUCAUCCCGUUUACGGGGUGCUGGACGUCCUUCGGCUGCGUCUUCCAUUUCUUGAUUCAGAGACCGGCGUCGCGCACCAAGCAGCAGUCCUCAAAACCGACGUAGGUCCUCGAGCUGUAGUAUAUACCGGAGCGCAGCUCAGCACCUGGCCCAAUACCAGUUCAGCCAACUUUAAACCCGAUCCACGUAGCUAUGGGACUCUUGGCCUCUCAAGCCAUAUUGUACUACAGUAUCUCUCUUCCAUACCGGACGUCAGUGUUGCCAGCGCUCUCGUCAAAUUCGUUCUCAAUUCAACUUCAAAUAACUCGGUUCCACCAGAUCCAUCUUCACCCCUCUUUCAGUUCUUAAGCACCAUUCCCGUGCUUGAGGUGGCUGUAUUUGGAAGCGUUGAGCCUGCUGAUAUCGGCUCUGCCGUUGCUUCUUUUGCAUUGCCAUCUGGUUCACUAUUUUUUGGGUCCGUGCAGGGCAGCGCCUUUAGAAACUGGGCCAUUACCACCAUCGGUGGCUCCGUUGCAUGGACAGAAACCCCGACAUCGCCGCUAGUCGUGCGUGACAACUCGUUGUCGGAUGUGACGAUUAACCAAACAUGGACGGCCAUUUCGACAGCCAUCCAGAACCACAUCGAUAGCAUUGGGCUCGCGAACAUCACACAGACGUUUCAGAUUACCAAUAAAUUCACUUCGUGA